GACUUUACAAAUUGGGCAAUUCGCAAAUUUUUAAUCUUUUAGUUUCAGUGGUGGCCUUUCAACAACGGCUUCCGCAUGGGACCGGGGGACUACGAUCUCUCGCUCUCUUAAUUCGGCCACUGGUUUGGAGAUGCUGAAUGAAAAGGACACAAGUCAGCCAAUAUUAGAAAAUGACUACAUAGGAGUAGAAACAGUUUGUUGACACCAAUCUAUGAAAGGAAGCGCUUUGACGGAGGAUGCAUCGUUUUAGACAGGCCGUGAGUAAUGUCAUGGCUAAUGUAGCCACUAUACAACACUCUGGCAUUAAUAGAGAGAAGACUACAGAAGGAGACCCAGAGAAGGAAGAAAAAUAUGAAUAUUCUAGAGCAGAAUUCCUCCAGCUCAGUAGUGAAGAGGUUGCCAUAGCAACAGACAUUAUCAUUCGACCUAUAAUGGUUCCUAGAGAUCUAUCUAAACUACCAUGGUACAGUGGUUAUGCAGAAGUUGUGAAUGCUGGGAAGAGUAAACUAAAUGAAGACCAAGCAGCUGCCAGACAUAUGUUUAUCAAUAAUAAACACAGUCUAGAGAAAACACUUGAUACAAGCCCUGGUAAUGGUCUUUUAAUCAAGGAUUCUGAUCAGAUUCCGCUGACAUAUUUUGCAAUCUUUGAUGGUCAUGCUGGAUCAGGAGUAUCAGUAAUGGCAUCUCGUGUUCUUCAUACACGUAUCUUAGCUAAACUAGAGUCAGUAUAUGAUCUUCUUGCUAAUAGCUCAAUAGAACAGAGACAGUUUACAAGGUCAGGUGAUCAGAGACCCAAUAAAUGGCCAUUUACAGAGAAGGAAAUGUCUGUAGAAAGCUUAGUGGUUGGAGCCUUGGAGUCUGCUUUUGUUGAAAUGGAUGAGCAAGUAAGGAAAGAGAAGUUAGACUAUCACAUACCAGGUGGUUGUACUGUUCUAGUAGCUAUCUUUCUCUUGGGGAAGCUCUAUGUAGCUAAUGCAGGAGACUCAAGAGCUAUCAUCUGUCGUGAAAAUGAAGUACUACCAAUGUCAACAGACUUCACACCUCUUAGUGAAAGACAGAGAUUACAGAUGGUAGCAAGUACCAACCCACAGCUUCUUGGUUCAGAGUUCUGUUGUCUGGAGUUUCAAAAACGGGUCCAGAGGAAAGACCUUGGCAAGAAACUCAUGUAUAGAGAUCAAAACAUGACUGGAUGGGCAUAUAAGGAAGUGACAGAAGAAGACAUCAAGUUUCCACUCAUUUAUGGUGAAGGAAAGAAAGCCAGAGUACUAGCAACCAUAGGUGUAACAAGAGGGUUUGGUGAUCAUGAAUUGAAAGUUCAUGGUACAGAUGUAUAUAUCAAACCAUUCCUAUCACCGGUACCAGAGGUGAAAGUGUACAACCUUUUUGACCGAGAUAAUUCUGAAGAUGAUGUACUCAUUAUGGCUUCAGAUGGAUUGUGGGAUGUGUUGUCUAAUGACAGAGUAGCAGAGGUUGUGUCAGAAGUUCUCAAAAGCUUUCCUCCUAAUGAUUAUAAGAAGUAUGCAUCAGCAGCUCAAGAGCUUAUCAUGGCAGCAAGAGGAGUAUUAAGAUUAAAUGGAUGGAGGACAUUAAAAGAAAAUAAAUCAGGCUCAGGUGAUGACAUCACAGUAUUUGUGAUUCCACUCAAUAAGCAUACUAGUAUGGACAGACAAAGCAGUAUGACAGAAUCACAUGAUGCCAGCCCUAUGAGCAGUUAACAUUAUCAGCAAUAUAAAGACUAUUAUUAGCUGGCUGUGUAUGUUUAUAUGGAGAGAAUGAUAUUGAUGGUGCUAUGAAGAGAUACCACAAAGGAGAACCAAUGAAACAUCACCAUUUACUUGUAGAUGUGGAAGAAUUCUUUGAUAUAUGGAUAUGCCAGCCUUGGUUAUGACAGGGAUACGAUCAUUCUCAAAUAAUUUUCUUUCAUGAAGAGAUAGUUUGAGUCAAGUCGAAUUAUGAUAAUCCCAAACUAAAUGGUAAGGUAAUUUUUACUUACAAAUAGAAAGAAGAAAAUGCAGAACUGAAAUUCUGUCAUUCACAAUAGUUUUCUUGCCAUUUGCAUGUAGAAGCUUUCAUUGAAGUAUUUAGGAUAUAUUCCCUCAAUAGUAUUUUGUUUUAUAUAGUAUUUAUUCAGAUUUGGGCUGGUUUGCAUUGCAACAUAAUUCCUUGAUGUUUGGUUAGCAGCUUGGUGGAGAAUAGCAAUGUGAUGCUAAAUGAUGUCAGUACUGCAGUGGAAUCGAUCCCUAGACCUUUUGGUUCAGUCUUGAACAUGUCGUCCUAAAACUGUCACAAAUCUGAAAGAUAUGCAAUUGUUACAUACAAAGGUUUAGGUAAAAGAAUAAGAAUUUUUAAUGAUUUGUAAUAUAUAUACAAUUUAAUUUAUUGUGUUGAUUGACAAAAGGGGUGAUGCACAAACAUUUUGCAAUCAAUUCAAUUUAAUUGAUAGAUCACUUUUUACUUAAGAAAAUCAUCUUUUGUUGUAAAAAGCCAACUAAAAGUCAAUUGAAAAUAAAUCACAAGACUUUUGGGGACCUAGGGUUGACUUGAAAUUUAUUGAAUGUCUUUCGCAAUGCUCCCUUAUCGGGUUUCUUACUUGAUGUAUCAAUCUGUCAUUUUGAUGGCUACAUGUAUAUAUCUCAAACAACCCUGAUGAAGCAGUAUGUUGACACAAGUUAGAUAAAGGAUGUCUUAGCUGAUGGAUGCCCUAUCAGUAUGGAAUAGUUUGAAGCAUUGCUGAAGAAUUAAAUGAAUGAUGUAAGUAGACCUUCCUUCAGUUGUUAUCUAAUCCAUUUGAUGAUAAAUGCUUAGGAUGACAGUAUUGAAUGGAUUGCAUAGUAAGCAUUGGUAGAAGUGAUUCAGUAUGCAUUAUGUUCCAUGUGUAUAGACUUUUGAGAUAUUGUAUUAUUUGUAGAAAUGUGUGUUUUAUAUGAUUAUGUACAUGAAAUUCAAGCCAAAAGAGAUCUAUUUAAUCUGUAAGAGGUACUUCUUCAAUUGUACUGAUCAUGUUUUAAUUGUGGUAUAAAAAUGCUAUGAAUAUUUUUAUUGAAUCAGUACUUUAAAAAAUGAAAUAUAAUUUUAUCAAAUCGAUAAAAGAAUCAUCUUCCAUUGCAAUUGAUCAGAUGUUUUACAGGCAGUCAUGUAUAUAAUAAUAGCAUGUUUGAAAAAAAAAUUCUACCGAAUAAUUAUGGUUGUUCACUGUGAUAUUUGGUGAAAUGUAUCCUUGCCUGUUUUUUUUUGUGGAAAUUUAUUUGUUAAUUGUAAUUUACAUGUAACUUAUAGUGUGUGGGAGAACUGUGUGAUACGACUUAACUUCAGUACACCAAUAUUACAAUGUCAUAGAUGUAUGUAUGUAAACUAUUUAUUCACUGGAUAGUGAAUGGCUUUAAAGUGUUUGUAUGUUUCAAUAGAAAAUGAUGUGAUUGUACAUUGUGUAGCAUCACUGAUGGUACUCAGCACAUGUAAUUCAUAGUGAAAGGAACCAAAAGUGAAAAUGAAAUUGAGUGAAAUUUACAACCAAAUUUGAAUUAUGUAUUAUUUUCACAGGCAUCACAUGUUUAUUUUGUGGUCUAGAAAAGGUUUAUAUAAGGGAAAUUACAAACUACUAGUAUAACUCUCUUUAAUGAUGCACAAUAACAUAAUUUCUUUGCCAUUCACUAUUGUCUCGCCCACCAGAGGUGAAGGCGAGAC